AUGAUACACGACUUUGAUUCUUAUUCCGAAUCUUUCCAAACAGCUAUUUUGAGAAUUUAUUCUAAUGAAACAUCGGUUAUUCAAACAUUACAACCUUAUCCUCCAAUAAUUCAUGUGCAGUUUAAUCAACUCAUUAACUAUCUUGAUCCACGACCUGAAUAUAUCCGUGUCAUUAUUAUUGAAUGGUCAAUAAAAUUCUCAAUUCCCAUAGCACGCAUUAUUUCAGCAGAUAUCCAAUAUAGUUUACUAAACGCUCGACGUUGUGAAAAUUUCGAUGACUAUAGUCAACAAGUUGAUUGA